AUGGUGAGGAAAGAGAUGAGUCGGGAUGUGUACCUGAGCUUUGAGGGAAUCAUCAUAAUCAUCAGAUUUGUCAUUGGUUCUCUCCUUAACGAGUCGGCGUCGGCCAUUCAAUCUGGAAUUGAAGUCGCAUUCGUCUCAGCUGUGUUUGGAUCCAUGGAAAAACUUUCCUGGAAAGUCUCGUUGAUUCAGCGAUCUGGAUUGUCUGAGAUUUUGAAACCUCAGUUGAACGAAACUCCCGUGCUCUUCUCAUUUGAUUUGAGUACAGUCUCUCACUAG